ACGGUUAACGUACAAACGAGAAGGGGGCAAGACACAGGAAGUACCCACUGAUUUUCUGGGAAGCGGAGGAAUAUCGCGUAUCUUCAUCAAAAUACCACAUCGAAACCUUAAAUUCCAUCACGUAGUUUGUGAAAUUUUACAAUCCUUUAAUAUAAAAUCGCACCACUGAUCCCACUUGACUGAUAUUUCUACAAAGAAGUCAACAAAGAUGCUGAUUAAAGUGAAGACACUCACUGGCAAGGAGAUAGAGAUUGACAUAGAGCCCACAGAUAAGGUGGAGCGGAUUAAAGAAAGGGUGGAGGAGAAAGAGGGGAUCCCUCCCCAACAGCAGAGGCUAAUCUACAGUGGAAAACAGAUGAACGAUGAGAAAACAGCAGCAGACUAUAAAAUCCAGGGAGGCUCUGUUCUCCACCUGGUACUUGCUCUGAGAGGAGGAUGCCUGCUCCACCAUCCCACAACACUAUGUUCUACACCUGCGCUGUAGCCAUCGCUGAUGGCUAAGCUGUUGCGCUGCUUACACGAAGCGAGAACAGUGACGACUCCGAGCCAGCGGCUGCUGGAUCACCGGGUGGUAUUGUAGCCAAGACGGAGCCUUGGUCUAAAAAGUCUGAUCGGGCUCUCUUUAUUUCAGACAUUUCCCUGCAGCCAACGGUGUGUUGGCCACAAACACUCCCUCCCCCCACACUCUGUAAAUUUGCCACGGUGACACACUCUUAUGUAGUUGAAAAGUUUCUCAGAAUUAAAGAAAACUUUGUCUUAAAGUCAACAAAUCAGAUAUUUUGUCUGAAGCAGACAGGCCCGAGGUUUUCGAGGCAUGUAAAGAAGUUAUUUUAGUUCCACUAAUGAUAACACUGGUGACUGGACUGUGAUGCUGCCUCCAAACUUUCUUUAAUUGAUUAUUUUUUUUAUGCUAUGUACAUGUUUUGUUAUUCUUAUAUGAUACAGAUGUGCUGUAGUGCAGUUAGAUUUGAGGAGGAUGAAUCGCUGCAUAUAUAAAAGGAUAGUUUCACAUUUAAGGAAAGCUACCGACUCAUUUUUCAUGGGAGAAAAACCGACGCACCUCUCGCAUCUGACCACGACAUGAAGUCACAAUUAUCAGCUGGUUAAAUUUCUUGUUUGUGUAGGGACAAUCUGUAGCACGAAUACGCUCCUUUACCGGGCAUGUCCCGAGACAGUCCUUUAAAUUACGCUUAUAUUAGGUUUAAAUGCAAAAGCUCACAUGCAACAGUCAGAAACACAAGUAAGACAGCAAAUGUAGAUAGACUGAGUAGUGCAAGGUGCAAACUGUAGUAUAGUGAUGAAUGAAAAAACAACCCAGCAAUAAGACCGUCUGCACUCUUUAGGUGACACAUUUCCUUUGUUAGCACCUCUAAAUCUUUUAUUAACAUGUCACAUGUCGGUUUAAUGUGUGCAAAAAAUAAGUGUUUAAAACAGAAACUUGACCGCUUCUGUGUUUCAGUCUUCUACAAUAACCCACAGUAAAAAUUUCAUUUCUAACUGUGAAUUUUCCAUUUGGAUUUUGUUCCUAAAAGAAGACCGAGCGAGUUAAAUGGCGACACGCCGUAGUGUUUGUAAGUGGGUUUCUUCUCCCAGUCUUUGUGCUGAUCUACCUGCCUGCUUGGUGUAACCUUAAUAGAUCCAUUAUUUGUUGGACAAAGAGAAUUUUUGUAGUUUUGCUUCCGUUCACCACCGCAGUGGCUUUUAAAUCAAACAAACCAGAUUGAAGUGCAGACCUUCAGCUUUCAUUCAAAGAGUUUAACAGAGUUGCAUGAACUGUUUAGGAAUUAGAGCCAUUUUUAGAGGCUCAGAAAGAACAUAAUAAAAUAAGGUUGUUAUUAAUACUUAAAUGAAGUCAACCACUGAAGUCUGUACCUCAUGGACAUCACCAUUACUGCAGCCACCUUCAGUCGCUGCUUGUUUGUGGGUCUCUCUGUCUUCAGUUUUGUUCUCAGCAGUUGAAAGCAUGCUCUGUUGGUUUGAGAUCAGAUGACCGACUCGCCCAUUGAUAAAUAUCUCAUUUCUUUGCCUUUAGAAACUCUUGGGUUGCUGUUGCAGUUUGCUUUGUCUCAUUUAUGCGUUUGCACAGUGAAGCUCUGUCUGAUCAGCUUUGCAGUAUUUGCCUAAAUCUGAGCAGAGAGUACGACCCUGCACACUUCACAGUUCAUCCUACUGCUUCUAUCUGCAGUCACAUCAUCGGUAAACACUAGUACCCCCCACCCCCCCCACCCCACCCCACACCCCCCCCCACCCCCACACACACACCUUCUCCUCAAGUGUGUGCUUGACUUGUUUUAAUGUUUCUCUUUUAAUUUAAUCUUCUGUGGUAUUGCUGAGCUCUGCAUUCAUUUCAUUCACAGAAUAAGCCAGAUUGUUGAUCAGACAGUUUAUUUGAGUUUUUCAGCCUAAUGAUGGUCUCCCCCACUUAUACUAACCUGUCUUAGGCCUCCUCAUAUUUACAGUUUUAGUGAAAAGCUUUAAAAUACAAAUUCAACACUUGGAAUCAGCUUUAAAUAUUAACAAGGAGCAGGCCUCUGAAAAUGGGAGACUGUAAAAAAAUUACAAUAUAAUGUCUGUAUAAUUCAUAAACAGUUUUAUGAGAUUUAAUUUUUAUUUCAAAUCCUUGAGUGAAAUCAUAUCUAGAUUGUUUCAUUUUAAAAAAAAAUAUCUGCUGUGAUCGUGUACAGAGGCAAAGUGUCUUUGUGCAACAAACAUGAGCCGAGCUGUAUGAGAGUGGUAAAAGUCUUCAUGAAUCUGCAUUUCCUAAAAUGUAAAACUAUUCCUGUGAUGCACACCAACAAGUAAUGGACGUGUUUUGUGAUGUCAGGAAAAUCUCCUGCGAGUUGUUCUAAAUCAUGGACCACAUACGGUAGUUGAUUGUAAGCCUGCUUUAUAAGCAAACUGAGCAUGUCCGUUGGGUAAGCUACUGAUUUAUUUAAUGUGUUGAGCAUUAAUUUGCUCUCAUUGCGUAUUUGACUGUAGUGAAGAGCGCGGCUUCAGUUUACGUGGUUUGUUUGUUUGAGAAGCAUUGCUGUGUUAGUUCCCACGUUGCUCCCACCAGUGUGUGCAGAGUUAUGAGAAACUGACUUAAGCUUUGGAUUGAUCUGUCAGUAGAAUAAAUUUGAUCCUGCAAACGA